AUGUUUUCCGGUAUUGGCAAGGACAUGGAAUCGUAUCCGACAAAGAGUUUUGACACAAUGACUCGAGCCGAAACAGUUAACGCCAUACUAAGACGCACAGAAUCCCUCGAACGAGUACUACUGCAUAAAAACACGGCGUCUUCGGCGGAAAACAAAAAGAAUGGCAUCGAAGACGAGACAGAAGGUCCAGAGGCUUUAAAAGCUGAGUUCAAAAGGCGCCGUAUUUGUGGCAAGUCUGGGUUUGAAUACGAUUCGGAAGCAGUAAUCCUCAAGCAUCGCCUAAUCAUAUCCUUGGUAAACAAGGAACUGAAUAAUCUCUUCCGGUAUACUGUACAGGCGAGAUUGCGAAUUUUGAACAAGCAUCUUCAAGACUUCCAGGUGGAUAUUAAGAAUGCUGAGGAGUAUCUGUUUCUCUUGAGGAAAUUGGAUGUCGCAGACGAUAAAGAUGUUGCACGCAAGAUCGACACUGCUUUCAAGUUGAUGGCCGAAUCUUCUACCAUGCGUAACAGUAUCGAAGCUCGUAUUCAAGAGGUGUAUGAUUUUUUCUCAAACACUGCGAGCGAAAAUCUCAGCUUGGAGACUCGAAGACAGAUGGUGGAUGAUCUGGGAGUAAGACAUGGAGCUAAAGGAAGCAAACUUUCUCUCCGAGAUCACAAUAGGUUUCCACAGUGGAAAUACUGCAAAUUGUUUGACUUCGAGUCGUUACAAGAAAAAGGUGAAAACGUAAAGAAUGUUUCGAGGCAGUCGAGUCUUUAA